AUGGCUGAGAUUGCCAGGCUCGAGGCACAGGUGGAGAUAAAGUCACCUGUCAUGGAGUUUUAUGGCUUCUUCAGGAACAAUAUGCACCAUUUGGUUGAAAUGUUCCCCGAACAACUUAAGAGCUUUCAGUUACUAGAUGCAGAUGAGAUCAGGGCUGACUCUCUGACACAUUGGAAAUAUGACCUCGGGAGUCCCAUGACAGCGAAAGUGAAAAUCGAAGACAUAGAUGAUGAAGAUAUGUCGACCACUUUCAAUGUGGUUGAAGGUGAUGCUUUCAGGUUUUACAAGAGCUUUAAGGUCGAAACUUGA